AUGGGUACCAAGUCCCGCCGGUCGAAAUCGCCGCCGCCGACGACGACCCCGAACGGUUCCAUCGGGCGCGCUUCCGGGCGAAAAACCAACGGCGACCUGCCCAAGAUGAACACGGGCAAUGUCGAACUGCAACGCCGAAACAUCUCCCAGGAGACCUCGACCCCGGCCGCCGCCGCCGCCAACCGCAUGGCCCGCGAGUCCUUCACCCUCGACGAAGACCCCGUUCCCAAAACGCCGACGUAUAACAACCAUGGCUUCUUCGACCUACCCAAACGAGACCAGCGGAAUUUCGGCCUGCUUGUCCUCCUCUACUUCCUCCAGGGCAUCCCCCUCGGCCUCGCGACGGGCUCCGUCCCAUUCCUCCUGAAAAACCACAUGUCCUACGGCGAAAUCGGCAUCUUCAGCUUAGCCUCCUACCCAUACUCCCUCAAGCUCUUCUGGAGUCCCAUCGUGGACGCCGUAUGGAGCCCCAAGGUCGGCCGGCGCAAGAGCUGGAUCCUCCCCAUCCAGUUCCUCUCCGGGAUAGGCAUGCUAUACCUGGGCUCGGUGGUCGAGGGCAUGAUGGAGAUGACGGGCAAGCCCGGCGGCCCCACCGUCUGGGGUUUCACGGGAUGGUGGUUCUUCCUGGUGCUCAUGUGCGCCACCCAGGACAUUGCCGUCGACGGCUGGGCGCUGACCCUCCUCACCCCGAGUAACGUCUCCUACGCCUCAACCGCCCAAACCGUCGGCCUAACCGCCGGCCACUUCCUCUCCUACACCGUCUUCCUCGCCUUCUACUCCAAGGACUUCGCCAACCGCUGGUUCCGCACCGUACCCCUCGACCACGGCCUCGUCAGCCUCGGCGGGUACCUCACCUUCGCCGGAUGGGCCUACAUCCUCGUGACCGCCGGCCUAGCCUUCCUCAAACGCGAGGAAAAGACCAAAAACGAAGACGGCAUCUGGGACGUCUACAAGAUUAUGUGGGGCGUCCUCAAGCUCAAAAACAUCCAAACCAUCAUCAUCGUCCACCUCAUCGCCAAAAUCGGCUUCCAAGCCAACGACAGCGUCACCUCCCUCAAACUCCUCGACAAAGGCUUCGGCACCGAAAACAUGGCCCUCACCGUCCUCAUCGACUUCCCCUUCGAGAUCGGCCUGGGCUACUACGCCGGCAAGUGGUCCCAAGAAUACACUCCCAUGCGCCUCUGGUGCUGGGGCUUCGCCGGCCGCCUCGCCUCCGCCCUCGUCGCCCAAUUCACCGUCUCCCUGUUCCCCUCCACCGGCGGCGUCACCCCGACCUACCUCCUCGCCGUCAUCGCCCAACACGUCUUCUCCACCUUCACCAACACCAUCAUGUUCGUCGCCGUCUCCGCCUUCCACGCCCGCAUCGCCGACCCCGUCAUCGGCGGCACCUACAUGACCCUCCUCGCCACCGUCUGCAACUUGGGAGGUACCUUCCCGCGCUUCUUCGUCCUCCGCAUGGUUGACGCUUUCACCAGCGCCACUUGCAUCUCCCCAUCCACCCCCCCCUCCGAGAAGCUCUCCCCCCUCGCCGACCUAUCCGCCCUUGUGGGAACAAGCUGCGCCAUCCAAGCAGACAAAGAACGCUGUCUCGCCGCCGGCGGGCUAUGCGAGAUGCAACGCGACGGGUACUACCUUGUCAACAUUCUCUGCGUGCUCAUCGGCGUGGUUACCUUUGUACUGUUUAUUCGUCCUAAGGUGUUGCAGCUCCAGUCUUUGCCGUUGCGGGCGUGGCGGUUGGGGUCGUCGUCUUCGUCUGCUUCCCCGUCGCGGUCGAAGUACUGA